ACAUACCAAAAAAAGCAUCAAUUAAUCGCGAGGUUCUGAUUUUGUGAAAAGUGUGAUUGCUCCUGUGCACCGACUAACGUCAGCACACGCAAAACUGCACUCGCUGUAGUGGUAGAAGAGCGAAAGCGAGAGAGAGGGAGAGAAAGAGAGAGCAUUCUAGUACAUCCCCCACUUCAGGGGCGAUGGGUGGAAAUAACUUUUUACCGUUCUUCACCGUCCACGGCGUUGGAAAAUGCGUCGCGCACGGCACCGCGACACCGCAUGGAGACGCCACAGCAUCAUCAUCAUCAUCAUCAACAUCAUCCCACGCCGGGGCGGUUCUUCUUCAAUGGCUUAGUGGUCGCGCUCGCUGACAGAGACUCACAAGUAGACUGUGUGUCAACCCGGCCGUAUUGCCACUCCACGCCAACUGCUUUUUUUUGGAUCGAAGCAGAGGGAAAUAGAGCUCUGGGAGAGAAGCUGUUUUAUUGCUAGCACCUGCUCAUUAGGGUAGCAAGAUCCUAGCAAUCGCUGAGGAACUGAGGUGAAAUCAUCAGCCUGCCAGUCAGUCAGUUCACUUCCAGAUCUUCUGUGUAACGGCCGCAGUGCUUUGUGUGUGUGUGUGUGUGUGAGGCUCAGUGGUGGAAAUCUGUACCAAAAAAUCAACCAGCGAAUUACGAUUUAACCUCCAUCCCCAGCAAAAGCAGGGAUCAGUUUGUCCAAAGUCACAUUGCCCCGUACCGUGCCAAUUCCCGUGCCGCAGUUAGUUCUCGCGAAGUAUCUCGGCACAUAGUCCAGCCGUUUCGUGUGGAAGUGGUGGCCGGCGGUGGUAGUUGGUGGUGGAAAUGGUGAAAUAGAAGCUCGUGCGAAGAUAUUUCUGUACCUUUUCCUGGGGCAGUGGGACUUGAGUUCCGUUGCGACCGAGUAAUCCAGGCAGCAACCCUGUCUCCCCCAACGUCGUUCCCUUGGCUUCGGCUUUUUUCACGCUGACUUUUGUGCAUGUGUGUGUGUGUGUGUGUCGCUGUCGGUUUUGCAAUUUUUUGAACAAACAUAUUGACCACAGCUGCCUCGAGCGCGCGCGCCACCAGUUCGAAGUGGAAAGUUCUAGAGUGAGAGAAGAAAAAAAACUCCUACCAACAGGUUGGUUCGCUUGCUGCAGUGUAAUCCAGUGUGCGGUGUCGGAGAAGAUCAGCAAACCCUGCCGUCGUCGUCACCAUGCCACCGUCCUACUGCUCGGUGAAAGGUUGCACCAACAGCCGGAGCCCCUGCUGCAGCUUGUACUGCUUCCCGAAGGAUGUUGUCAUCUGCAAGAAGUGGGUCGACUUUUGCAACCGGCCGGAGCUGUACAAGAAGUACGACGAGAACGGGCCGGAAUAUCUGUACAAAAGUUCCCGCAUCUGCUCGGACCACUUUCAGCCGGCGGACUUCAACAAUCCCAAUCUCUUCAGCCAAGGGCUCAAAAAAGGCUCGGUACCGUCCGUGAACCCGGCCAACUUGGAAGCGACAAAGCCACACGGUGGUAAUGGUGGAGGCAAUGGCAUCGGCAGUGGCGGCGGCGGCGGCGGUGGCGGCAGUGGCAGCAGCAAUGGCGCCGGCUCACCGAUCGAUGAGAAGCUCCUGUCGGCCGUGGCCUCGAUCCCGAACCUGCACACCAACCUGUCGCUCAUGAUGGCUGCCGUCGCGGCGGCCGCCACCCAGUCCGCCAGCCAGAACGCGAGCCAGCUGAGCAGUCUGACCGCCAGCCUGAAACGGUCCGCCUCGGCCAUGAGCGGGGGCAGCAUGGUGACAGCAAGCCAGGGGACGACAGCGUCCACGGCGACGCCCACCGCGACCACGCCCGUCUCCUCGUCGAAGCGCAACCGGGCCGUGCCGCCGCUGGCCGCACCAACCGGCGCCCUCGCCAACCUGAUCCAGCGCCAGCAGCAGAUCAAGGAGCAGCAGCUGAAGGAGCAGCAGCUAAAGGACCAGCAGCGGAAGGCGACCGCCCUGGCCGCGCUCGGGCUCGUGAACGGGCAGGUGUCCAUCACGCCCGCCAUCAUCGGUACGCCGCCGAGCAAUGGUAGCAGCAACAACAACAACCACCACCACAACAACAACAAUGGUGGGGCGAUCUCGCUCGUGACAACGAAAAAAUCUAGUGCCAACAACCAUAACAACAACAACAACAACAUCAACGUGAGCAACCAUAACCACAACCACCACCAGCAGAGCGGAAAGCUGAACAACAGCAGUAGCAGAGGGCGCUUGUUGGACCACAGCGAGUAUGGGCUGAACAUGGUCGACAUGGACAUGACCGCCGGAGAAUCGUCCGAAGGUGACUCGAGCUAUCAAAACUCGGCCGACGAGGACUACGCGUACCACCAGAAGCUGAAGGUCGCCAAGGUGGAGGCGGUCAUACCGCCGUCGCUCAAGUCGCAGCUGACCGUUACGCCUGCCGGUGCCGUAACCAACGCCAGUACAACGACCAUCAACAACAACAGCAUCCACAACGUGAACGCGAAUGGUGGCGGGCUGGUGGAGGAGCUCCACAUCGACUACAAGGAAAAGUACGAACAGACGCUGAAGGAGCUGUUCGCCUGCCGGAAGAUUGUGAAGAACCAGAACAAAGCGAUCCAGCAGCAGCAGAAGGAGAUCGAUUUCCUCAACCUGCUGCUGAAGGAGAAAUGAUCCGAAGUGGUGGCGGCGGUGGUGGUAGCGGAUCAUCACACCCGUAGCCCAAUCGCCGGUGCCGGCUGUACCGGAACCGAUGCCGGUGGCGUGCUGUUGGCGUGCUAGGACAAAGGAGCACGGUUGCAUUAUUCUAGUAAGUGUGUGUGUCCUCCCACCAUGGGGAAGGUUAGCAGUGUUACCAUGCAUGGCAUCAUGUGGGGCCGUCGGCGUCUGUUUUGGAAAGGGGAAAGUUUAGCGCGGGGGUGGUGAAUUCGUUAGUGUAAAAUAAAAAGUAGAAGGAGGAGUAGCAGCAGGAACAUUCCAUUUGCCACCUUUGCACCAACAAAACAGGCGAGGCGAGGUGAAUCCGCGUCUCUUCAACAACCACACUUUGUACAUAGAAGGGAAGGUUCUGAGUGCAUUUAGGUAGACAGAGGGGACACACACACACACACUGGCAGAACGCCAUGACACAGGACACGUUUUUUCUUUUGGUUCCAAGCCUCAACCCCAAGGUCGGCGACGGAUGGAGAUACUGUGGGAAGGUCCAAGCAAUCCGUUUUGGUAAUUUAACUUUCUAACUGAUAUAAAAGGGAUACGGGGGUGCGAAUAGUAAAGCAACAGGUUGGUCAGUAGAGAGCGAGAGAGAGCUAGUGAGAAAAGGACACGCAUAGAAAAAAUAGUCGCCAAAAUAGUGUGGUGGUAAGCUGUUGGAUGCGAAAGUGAACACGGCGGAAGUAACUGUAAUACAAAUAGCAGCAGCAGCAAGCAUUAUGUAUAGUUAAGUAAGAUAAGCUUAAGGCAUUUGGGAUUUCUAUCGGAUGUGUGUUUGUUUGUGUGUACGCAUAUUGUGUGUGUCUUGUUGGAACAAACACAUUUACAGACACGGACAGACCACUGCAAUUUCGGCUAGGUGUAAUAUUUAACAGGUGUGAUUGAAGAACAGUGUUGUGCAAUCAACACAGAGAAAGAGAGAGAGAGAGAGAGAGAGAGAGAGAGAGAAAGUAGGAAAAGUAGGGCUUAUAGUAAAAAAGAAAGUCAAUACACGAAAAAACAGGAAGAAAUAUUAUUUAAAAAUGAAAAAAAGAUGGGGUUUUUUUUUUGGAGGUAUGUAAGAGGUCACAUUACUGUCGCCACGGUUUCGGAUAGGAAAGGGUAGUAGAGGUAGUAGAGGUCGAAGAAGGAUUGUAUUUUGUGGUGGUCGUAUA